UUUUUAAAGUGAAGUAUUUUAUUGGUACCCCAUCGGUGUAAAAAUAUAAAGACGUUUAUUUCAUUUUUGUGCCGGCAAUGAGAUUUAUCUGUAAAAGCGAACUAGAGAGGAUGUCAGAUUUUUGCAGGGCGGAUGUGACGUCCAUUGAUUACGGGUUUUUAUUUCCGGACAAAACAAAUGAAUCGUAGGAGGACCCGGAGGACUCACCAUUCACUUCACUGUAGCCCAAACGCUGAAAGGAGGGCUGAAACAGACGAAUGGAAAACCUCAAGUCAAAAAUCAUGGAGAGACCGAGGCAACAAAGAGAACACACUGGAGACGCCCGUGGAGGAGAGAAUACCUAAGGGAACAUGCCAGACCAUGUGCCCUGCCUUUGAAAUGCGACAGCGACAAGCACAGCACCGCCUCCAUCAGUAUGAGAUACUGAGGGGAACAGCGAAAGAUCGUCAGCCCAGAGCAGACCCUUUACGUACAGUGAAGGAGUAUGCCAGACCAGCUGCAGGCAAAGACUCCACAAACCCCAGUGACCUUAGAGCACCAGAUGUGUUGCAAAAGACUGUGCGCUAUCUUCUUGACGAAAUUGCUACCUCCCCAAAUCUACAUCCUUGGACGGAGGUGUAUGGGUUUGUCUUUGAUCGUCUACGUGCAGUGAAACAAGAUAUGAUUAUUCAGCGGCUAUCUGGGACAGAGUGUGUGACAAUUCUGGAGCAAAGUGUUUGUUUUCUUGUUUAUGCAUCAUACCGUCUUUGUGGUGAGCCUCUUCGGCAUUUUGAUCCGAAGAUCAAUGACAUGCAUGUACAGGAAAAUCUGAGCUGGCUACUGGACUGCUAUGUUUCUAGCUCGGCACCGAAUGACCACCGGAAAGAGUAUGAAGCACUGAAUUUGCUGUACAAUUUAGGUUGUACCAAGGCCCUGCAGCGUGUCAUGCAGCUUCCAGAGGGACUCCGCUGUGCUCCUGACAUUUCAUUGGCUCUCUCAAUCAAUCAUGCUUAUCUUGAACGUAAUCCAGUUCGUCUUCUUAGAUUGGCUAAGAAGUUGAACUUCCUACAAACAUGUGCUCUUCACCGCCAUCUCACAUCAUGCCGUAGAGAUCUUCUCCUAAUAUACAGUCAUGGAUUUAGCAGCCGUAACUGUCGUUUUCCACUUGAGAAACUGAGUGAUCUUUUGGAUUUGGAUACAUGUUAUACAACACAAUACUGCCAAUUAUAUGGAGUUGAGAUCAACCUAGAAAAUAAAGUUGUCUUUACUAAAAGUGCCUUUGCUGAGCCUGAACAGGGAAAAGGACAGUGUUUACAGUAUCACAAUACUAAAACUGAAAAACUUAAGUUAAUUUUAAUGGGAUGUAAAGUUCAUGACUCUUUGUAAUGAAUAGUGCUGUAUGGUGUGUUAUGUUUGCAUAGAGUAAUUUUAUUUUGACUAAAGGAUGUGCUACCCAGUGUUCUAAAAGCUGGAAUUUAUCUCUGUUCAUCUGUCUUGUUUAUUAGCUUAAAGAUAGUAUGUUUCUGGAGGUUUUUUUUUUUAAAGGUCAAAGGUCUUAUAUAUAUUUUUUUUAUAUAUAAAAAGGUUCAUAUUGUGACUUUAAUGCCCAUUGUCCUUUUUGUUAGUUUGAAAGGUGAAUUCAAUAAUAUUUAUUAUACAUUUAUUUUAGAUGAUGUAUGUACGUAGAGUAGCUU